AUGGCCGAGUCAGUUUCCAAGGGGCCGCAGGCACGCACAACAGCUGUGCUGAGCAUAACUUUUAUCCUGGAGCGCCUAGACGAACAGAUUCUAACGGCGGUAUAUACCCCCAUUGGAAAAUCUCUGCAUGCUACCCCCUCCCAGCUCGGCGCGCUCACCCUUUGCCGAGCGCUCGUUCAGGCGCUGAUUUCACCGCUGAGUGGACUCCUAGGCGACAAUUUCAAUCGCAUCCAUAUUGUAGCGGCCGGCACUUUCCUGUGGGGUGCCAUGACUGCAGCCAUUGGCCUGUCCACCACGCUACAGCAGGCGAUGGCGUGGUCUGCGUUCAACGGCGUGGGCCUGGCAUUUGUGCUGCCAUGCGCGCAAUCGUUAGUCGCGGAUUACUACGCGCCGGCCGUGCGGGGGCGUGCCUUCGGCUUUAGCUUGUGUGCGAGAUCAACAGGCGGCAUGGCGGGCGGAUUCUUCGCAACAAGUGUCAGCGGCAAGCAGCCGGGAGGAAUCGAGGGCUGGCGUUUUGCCUUCUACGUGGUGGCAGUGUUGGCUGCGGCUGCGGCAGUGACUAAUCUGCUACUGGGUCGCGACCCACGGCCGCGGCCAGCCCGCGAAGGCCGCCCCCGGCCCGGCGGCCGCCUUUCAACUCUUGGCGCAACGGUUACUAAUGCGUGCCGCGACCUGGGGCGUUCCCUCCGCGCUGUGCUGCAAAUACGGACCUUCCAAGUGCUCGUGCUGCAGGGUGUGGUGGGAGGGAUGCCGUGGACGGCGAUGGGAUAUUUCACCAUGUGGUUGCAGCUGCUGGGAUUCUCAAACGUGCCGGCCGCGGCGCUCACGGCGCUGUUUUGGGGCGGCACGGCUCUGGGGAACUUCGUGGGGGGCGCCGUCGGAGACGCGCUCGUGCGGCCGCUGCCCGACUCGGGCCGCCAGCUCACCUGCCAGGUGAGCAUCGCGACAGGACUCCCGCUGGCCGCCGUACUGAUCAAGGUGCUUCCGAGCCGGGACGGCAGCGCCGGGUCAAUGGACGGCUUGGCACCGGCGUAUGCAGCGCUGAUGUUCAUCAUGGGAACUCUCGUCAGCUGGCCGCAGACCCACAACUCCGCCAUGUUCUCAGAGGCGUGCCCUCCUUCUGCUCGAUUAGUUGUACCAGACAGCCUGAGGUCCUCAGUCUACGCGUUUGACCGCUGCUUUGAGGGCGCAAUAUCGGCUCUGUCUGCGCCACUGGUCGGGCUGAUAGCCGAGAGGUGGUUUGGGUACGUGGCGGACUGGCAUGACCCGACCCCGGCCCGCCAGCUCAGCAACGCGCGCGCUCUCGGCAACGGUCUCCUGGUGUGUCUGGUGGUGCCGUGGGGUCUGCAAUUUUUAUUCUACACCCUUCUGUACCGCACAUUUCCCCGGGACCGCGAUGCGAGCAAGGAACUGGAAUGCUCUGCCAGACAGCGCAGCUCGAGCCAGAAUGACAUGCUCGAUCUGAGUGCAGCUUCCGAGGAGCACUAUUCGCCGCCAGACCAGGACGCUGUGCAGCCUAGGGUUGGGGGAGAUAUCAACAAGCAGGGGAGCGAGGGAGGGCCUGCAAAUGUUGAAAAUUCUCCCAGAACGCAUGUGUAG